GGGCGGGCAGGUAACUAACUACCAACAGCAGCGAGCGGAUACACCUGUACUGCAGCUACCUGAGGCCAACAUGUCCGGCUUCGACAGCAACCCUUUCGUCCACCCAGUCGAUGUCAACCCUUUCCAGGAUCCGUCAGUGACUCAGGUGACCAACACAGAGGGACUAGAAGAGUUCAACCCAUUCUCAGCCAGGGCUUUGGAUGAUCUCAGUGGAAGCACCAUACCUGUCUCCGCUACCUCUCAGCCUGCUGUACUGCAGCCCACAGUGGAACCCAGUCCUCGGGCGACCGCAGCCGCUGCCCAGGCCGAGCUCGUGAAGCAGCAGGCUGAGCUGGAGAGGAAAGCAGCCGAACUACAGCGAAAAGAGGAGGAGCUUCAGAGCAGAGACACAGCCAGGGGCAAAGAAAACAACUGGCCUCCACUGCCCAAGUUUUUUCCAAUAAAGCCGUGCUUCUACCAGGACUUCAAUGAGGAAAUUCCUAUAGAAUUUCAUAAAGUCUGCAAGAUGAUGUACUACCUCUGGAUGUAUCACUGUGUGACGUUGUUUCUGAACCUGCUGGCGUGUCUGGCCUACUUCACCGUGAAUGCUGAGAACGGAGUUGACUUCGGCCUCUCCAUACUCUGGUUUCUUCUCUUCAGCCCUGGAGCUUUUGUCUGCUGGUACAGGCCCGUCUACAAGGCCUUCAGGUCUGACAGCUCCUUCAGUUUCUUCUUCUUCUUCUUCAUCUUCUCCUUCCAAGUGAUCGUGUACAUCAUUCAGAGUGUUGGAAUCCCCAGGUGGGGAAACAGCGGUUGGAUCUCUGCCAUCUCUGUGAUCAGAACCAAUCUUGCAGUUGCUGUCUUCAUGUUGGUUGUGGCUGGAUUUUUCACAGUUAAUGCAGUGCUGGCAGUUGUCUUACUGAAAAUGGUCCACUCUAAAUACAGGCGGACAGGCGCUAGCUUCCAGAAGGCCCAGCAGGAGUUCUCUCAGGGCGUUGUCACCAACAGAAACUUCCAAACUGCUGCAGCCACUGCGGCCUCCUCCGCUGUUCAGGGAGCCUUUCAGUAACAGCUGAGCUGAUUAAGUCUAUUCUGUGCCUUGGGAGGAGUUUCACAGAGCAGGAUUUCUCAGUAAUGCUGGUAAAUUAAGGACUUGACUUUGAGCUUAAAGGAAUACUCCAGAGCUUUCCUAACCUCUAUCUAUGCUGCAUCUGUAGUGUACAGCUGGUUACCAAGGAUGAUAACUUCAGUGUCUUGCGGUGCUUUAUUAAAAAAUAAAUAAAUAAAUGAGAAAAGCUGUUGACUUAAGAUCCACUUACAAUGAAAGCCAAUGGGCAGGUACUGAUGGCUGAAAACAUGGCGACAAUGCUGGAGUAUUCCUUUAGUAUUUAGUAAUUCCAUUUGUUGUUUUUUCCCCUCAAAAAUUCUGCAUAGUUCAAUCACUGAUAUGUAGACAGUCAUUCAGAGUGGUUUGAUGUGAUUAAAUUGUAGAGAAACUUACCCACUCGUCUCAAACUUACCCAAUCUGUACAGUGGUGGUGAUAGAAACCAGGGGUUGUGAUGUCUACUAUCCAAAACCACCUGCGAAUCUGCAUGUGUAUUUUGUGUUAAAUGUAAUGUUGAUAAUGAUAACAUAGUGGAAAAUAAGCUUUCUGUGGGAACAACUUACCUAUAUUUAAACCAAAAGCAUCUCAGAACUGUUGUAAAACGUCUCAAGCGUUGUAACUAAAACCUUUGUGAGGGAGCAUUUAAAGGCAUUAAACUCAGACGUCUGGUUCCCAUCACCACCACUGUGAACAGUUCUGACUUGGUAAGUUUCUCUAGAAUGGGACAUUUCACAACAGACCGCUGAGUUACUUUGUUUACUUUCCCUUUAAACUACCUGGCUAACUGAGAACUCUUGCUAUGAGAAAUAUCCCAGUGUCCUCCAGUCAACAUUGGUCUGCCUCAGUCUUUACUGUCUGUCUAAGAGGAUUCAGCCUGCUUCAAUUACUGACAGAAUGCACUCAUAAGGUUACUGAAGGAACAUUGUAUAGGUGUACAUUAGCGGUCAUUACCGAGGGGGGGAGGAUAAUUCAAAUAGGAUUUUUGACAGUGUAAAUAAAGACUUGUCUUAUUUUUAACUUUUUGAAGUUAUUUAAAGUCAGUUUUCUCACAGCUAAAUGAAAUUCUCCAAGUAGUCCCACUGGCUUAGGAGGACAAGUGCCACACUAGUAACACACAACAUGGUGUAGUGCUUCGUUAUACUGUCACUGUCAUACCAAAUUCUAAUCUUGCAACUCUGCCCUUUAUAUUGUGUGACCAAUUGUGAAUGUACUAGGAAUAAAAUCUCUCACAUUAACAUAUAUUAAAGUGAAGAUUUAAUAUUCUAAUAUACCAGCUUUUCCUUACCAAGUUACCACUUUGGAGAUGGAAGUUUUUGUUAUGACAGUGUUGUUAUUCUCCCAUGUGCAGAAGGAGGAGUGGCAGCACAGCCAGCUGCAUCCUCAGUUACGGAUGGCACGUGGCACAGCUGGGAUCUGAACCUCAAUACAUGCAUACACAGCACCUCUGCACUGCAGAGUGAUGCUGUUAUUUGGAGAACUGUUACGAUUAUAAAUGAGUAAUUGGUAAUAGCAACAUUGUAAGAACAAUAUUUUCUUAUUUGAUUUAAGGACAUUUUAAGGUAUUUCUCUAACCAUGGGCACUUUCUGAUGUCAAAAACGCAUCAGAAACAUCAGAAAUGCAUCAGAUAGACCGAUGGUAGACAGCUGGUAAUUUCCUCUCGAUGAUGGGUUGGAUGAUAUUAUUGGUAAAUAUUAUUUUUCCCCGCCCACCAUUACAGGAAAGCAAGAAUUUUCACUGUUGAAUGAUGUGAUGAGUCAUGAUUAGUAUGACCGGAGACACAAACUACUAAUGUAAAAAUCAGGUUGACUUAAAAUUCAUCAAAAUGAUCAGUUAGGACACAUGACAUCUAAAAAGCAGUUUGUGAAAAGAUAAACUGUUGAUGUAUGUGGCAGAAAAGUGCCCAUAGUUACAGAGCAUCUCUGGAUGUUGAAUCAGUGAAUUGCUGUGUUAAUGUGCUGCUGCACCACUGUGCAGAUGAAGUACAUCAAGCACAUGUUACUUAUGUAUCAUAAGUAAUAUGUUUUUGGCACAUUUUAAACAAGGAAUGUAGAAAACAAGUGAUGCUGCUUCUGUGAAAAAUAUCAGAAUUUUUUUUUUUUAUUUCCUCACAUAGCAGCAGAAAUUCUGUACAGUAUCCUGAGAAUUUUGAUCUAUUGAGAUUGAAGUUGGAGAGUCAGUUGACUCCAUCAGAUUCUGCUUCAUUAGUUUUAGUUUACCUCCCCUCAAGAAAGUCUGUUAGAAUGUGAACAUUACAAUGAGCCAUCUGACUGUUUUGUGGUGUUCAGUGUGUUACACUAGUUACGCUAUAGUGUGUGUGUGUGUGUGUGUGUGUGUUUUUAUAUAUAUGUGUGUGUGUAUAUGUGUGUGUGUGUGUGUGUGUGUAUAUAUAUAUACACUCGUUUCAGGGUUCUCAAGCAAUAAGCAAUACUUAAUGAACAAAAUUUGAUAUUCUGUAUUUAAAAUCUUUUUAUGUUUCUAAUGUGGGCGUAGGGGGAUAUUUUAUGUUACGGUAUUUAUGGUAUUUGCUCUCAGUUACUAAGCAUUUGCUAUUCACUGGCUUAAAGGGGAAUGUUAGUGUAAUUCAUGUAAGACAUUUAUUUUGUCUACUUAUUUGUUUUCAUUUGUUUUCAUUGGCUGCAGCAUUAAAGUACAUUCCACCAUGC